UCAAUAAAUUUGGACAUUUUCAUAAUUUCGUUCCUCCUCCCCUUCACUUCAUGUCGUCCAAGCCUCACCUCGAUCAAUCCAUCCCAUGGUGAAAGAGAAAAAAAAUCCACGGGAUAAACAACGGUUAUGAGAACUUUUGUCUUCGCGCGUCUAAUUUUAUAUUCUAGAACCCAGAUGCUUAUUUGUAUUGUAUUAUUUAUAUAGCAUUAAAGCAAUAAAAUACUUUGGUCUUUUAUUGCGACAUGCAAAAUACAUCACAAACAUUUCGAGGAGCUGGAGCCCCUGGUGUGAAUUUUUCUGAGCACUCGUAUGAUAAUCACGUUGGAGUUCAUUGCCAGCCAACUGGGUACCAGCCCUACCCAAAUCAACCCUAUCAUCCUUUGCCUUCCCCAAGACCACACCAUUAUGGAAACCAUCAAAUGCAACAAAAUAUGCCCUAUAGACAUCAUGGAGGAGCUUAUGCCCCUAACCAAAAUCAAUAUGGCUCAAAUAUGAGCCAGGAUAUGUACCGAAAUCACUCUGGCUACCCAGGUGGAAAUAACAGAAAUAUGGCAAAUAAACCUUGGACUGAUAAUAAUUCUACCAAUGAAAUGAUGUCACCUUAUGGGCAACAUUCCCAUUCUCAAAUGAUGAAUAAUCCUCCUCCUCAGAUGCCUGUUUCCACAAUGCGAUCACCACCUCAUGCUACUUCUAAUAUGAAUCCAGCUCCGCCCCAAGGUCAACAACAUUAUCGUCAAAUGCAGUCUCCUGCUCACUCUCCUCAUUCAUGGUCUCAGGCUCAAAUUCCUAGUCCAGGAGUUAUGCAUUCUUCAAGGACUACUCCUUCACCCUUACCUACCCAUGUUCGCUCCCCUGGACAUAAUCAACCUUUUUCACCACCAACUGCCCAUGCCAUGAAUAUGCAGCCUCAUCCACAACCACCUGAAAAUGGGCAAAUACCUCAACCUAUUAACUCAGUUGGAAGUAGUGAUACCCCAAAUCCUUCCAAUCCUUUACAUUCUUUACAAAAAAUGGUCAUGCUAGAUCAAGAAUCUAAGACUCUGAUACCUAUGAUGGGGGAUGGUAGUGAGCAGUAUGCAAAUCAUUGCGGUCCUCAUAACUAUGUGCCAGAGGACAAUUUAAAUCCUGAAUCAAAAGAUUCUAUGUUUUCCACUUAUUAUAAUAUGGAUGAAAAUCGUUUUGAGUCAAAACCUGGUGGUUCAAAUAAUAAUCCUUAUUCUACAGUACAGCAAGCACCAAAUUGCAAUUUUCCAUUACCAACUCAUCAUGCCAAUUCAGAAGAAGUACAAAAUAAUCAAAUUUUACCAAAUAAUUCAGCCAAUCUUCCAGAUUGCUUACAACCAGAUCAAAGUUUAUUAGCACCUCAAGAUAAAAAUUUUCUCCCUGCCAUUGCUCAUUCCCAAGCUAAUCAGAAUGUGGUUCAGAGUGAUAGCAUUGUUCCUCUAUCAGAAUGUCCACCUCAUGCUGAGUCAGCACCAGUGUUUACAGAUCAAACAAAAGCAGCUGUUUCAACUAACUCUGAACAGGCAUUAGAGUCAAAGCCAGAUAUAGCUUCAAUAGCAGAUUCUAAAGAAAUCAAACCACCUGAUACUCCUAGCCCUAGUGUUGAAAAGCUUGAAUCUUCAGGAUCAAAAGAAAAUUUAUGUAAAAAUGAAAAUGAGAUUGCUAGUACACAAAAUGAAUCAGCUGAAGUUUCUGAUAUUGCUAAUUCUGAUGAUAUGCAGUUGGACUUAAAGCAUAAUGAAUCACCUAGUGAAAAAGCUAACAGUGAUUCUUCUAUUAAUGAACUCGGUGAUUCUGCUCAAAAUAAUAAAAAUCUUGAUAGUAACCCUUCAAAUGUUCAUAUCUCAAAAGAUGAGAAAAUCUCCAUUGUUGAAUCUGCUAAAGAAGUUCUUACAUUAAAUGAAUCAAAUCAAAAUAAUGAUUCAAUUAAUAAUUCUAAUGUUACAAUAAAAAAUGAAACUUUAGAUGAUAGCAAUGACCCUGAGCAAUCACUUACAAUGCAAAAAAGCAUUGAAACCUCAAUUAAAGAGGAAGUUUCUAAAGAUGAAAAUCUUAAGAAACUACCUCCUGAAGAAAAACAGAGUCCAAAAGCAGCUGGUAAUUCAAAUGAUUCUGUUACAUUGCAAGAUGAUGUUGAAAAGUUUGGUAACUCUUUUGCUGAAAUUACACAAAACCCAGUCAAAGUAGUAAUACACCGAAUUAGAAAAGAUGAUACGAAUGAUUCAUGGCAUGUUCCUUCUAACAAUAAGAAUGAAAAUUCUGUUAGUGUAGUUGAAACGGCUAAAGAGAAAAAAUCUAAAUCUAAAAACCCAAAAAGUCCCCAGAUUGUUGUCCUAUCUCCUGCCACAUCAGAAGCAAAAACUGGUGACACAGUUGAUGACAUUUCAGUUGUUACAGUGAAAGAAGAAGGUGAGAAUGAUGUUAAAAUGGAGGUAGUUUUAAAAAGGACUCCAAGUACAGAUUCUGACUGUGUAAUUAUUAAAAGUGAGAAUAAUUCCCCUAACUGUAGUACUUCCCGUAAUCCUGACAAAAAGCGUGGAAGACCAGCAGGUUCAAAAAAUAAAAUAAAAACUAGUGGAUCUGUUAAAAAAAAGAGAACCAAAAAAGGGAAAAAGAAAUUUGAAAGCUCAAAUAAAAAACCUGGAGAGGUUCUUCCAAAAGUUAAGAAGGGAAAAGUGUUUAAUGGUCCUUAUGUUCACAUAACAGGUAGCAAAGAUAAUCCUUCUUCUAUCUCUGUUGUAAAUGUUGCUCAAAAAGAAGAAGAAAAAAUCAGUAAAAUCUCCACCAAACGAAAUUUUGCUUGCACAGCCAAUAGAAUCAAGAAAAAACCUGUUGGACAUUUAAGUACAUUGUCUCCUACCUAUGAUGCCUUCAAUAGAGACAAAACAUGGUUGUGUAUAUUUUGUCAUAAAGGCAGCCAUCAUGGUGGACUUGGAGAUUUAUAUGGACCUUAUUACAUUAAAGAUAAAAACUACGGUAGUACAAAAUCUUCAUCCACUCCAACCUCUUCAGGGGCUAGUUCUGGUCGUUCAAAAAAGCGCAAGUCUGAUCAUGAUGAUAGAGCUUCCAAAAAGAGUCGGCAGGCUGCUGGUCAUUCUGCUGCAGAAACAACCCCAGUCAGUAGGAAUUUGGAAAAGGACACUUCAGAUCCAGAUGCACAUUUGAAAGAAACCUGGAUUCACGAAGAUUGUGCUAUUUGGUGUCAGAGCAUUUCCUUAUUUGGGGAAGAAAUCCAAGGUUUAGAAGAAGCUGUAACUGAAGCAUAUGAAAAUACAUGCUGUAAAUGUUCUCUAAAUGGAGCAACUCUGGGUUGCUGGGGGAAAGGAUGUAAAGAACUAUUUCACUAUAGUUGUGCCAAAGAAAUGGGUUGUCAGAUGGAUAUUGAAAACUUCUCAUUGCUAUGCCCUAAACACCAGAAGCGAUCUCCUGAUCAUCUUAAUAGGUGCCAAUAAAAAUGUAUGAGAAAUAGGGUUCAACUUGCCGUAGUUAUGUAGAUAGAAAAAGCACAUCAUUCCAUUGUAUGAAUUCAGUAUUACAUGUCAUCAGUGACUUGUAGAAUGAGUCAUACAUGUAAACUAGCAUUCAACAUCUCCAUUACAUGUGCAAAUCAUGUUAUGCUUUUUAUGACUGUACACUACUAAAUCUACAGAUUUGCUACUAACGUUGUGUAGCAAAAUGACCAUGUUUGUGUAUUUUGUGUCUCGUGUAGGUCUUGGCUUAGAUAAAGCAUGGAUUGAAUUUUUGUUUUAACAGUGUUAUAUGAUUUUGAAGAAAUUAUUUUGGAGAAAAUUCAAUGAGAACUCUUUCCAUAUAAACACUAGAUGUGUAAACAAAAAUUGCAAUUCUUGUAAUUUUUAUGUGAAAGACUAUAAAAUUUGAAACUUUUUAAUUAAAAGUAAAUGAAUUGUGCUAUUUAUUGAACAUUCUCAAAACUCAUUUCAUUUAUGUAUUUCUGAAAAGUGCAUCUGUAUUCAUCAACAUUGACUUCACAUGCUGUAUAUGAAUGUAUAAAUACCAUUGUUUACAUUUCAUUUUGGGUAUCUUUUUAGGUUAUAUUACAUAUUAAUAUUUUCUACUUAUGUGAAGUGUUAAUUUUCUUGUGGGAAAAAAAACAACAACUUCAAAAUAUGUUUUGCAUGUACACCUUUAAAUUGGUUUUUUAGAUUCAUGUAUAAGUGUUUUUUUUUUUUUUUUUAAAGAAAGAAAACAUUCUACAACAUUAAUGUACAUUUUGCUAAUAAUUUGAAGUGCAAUCAGUAAUGUAAAGGAACAACAAAAAUUUAAAGUUGGAAGUCUUUAUUUUAGUGGAAGCUUAUCAAUAAUUUUUCACAGAAAAUUUCUGGUUGAUAAAAUUUUAGUGGUAACUGGUUGAUAAAAUUUUAGUGGUAUAUUGUUUAGAUUUUGUGGUAACAAGUUAAAAAAAAGUGUUUCACUAAUUUAUAAAUCUUUUAUAGUUACUUUUAAAAAAAUUAAAAUUAUACUUAAUUGAAUUUAUUUUUAAAUCUUUAGCUGACUGGUGACUUUGAUAUUUUCAUUUUUACUGCUUCCAAUUGUUCAAGCUCUUUUUUCUUUAUACAACUAUGGUUCAGGCUAAUUCUCCUCUUCUCCAAUUAAAAACAUUGCUAUGAAAGAGCAUCCCCCCCAUCUAGUCCCCUAUCAAAUUCUAGAUAGUUGGGUGUUUUGGUGCAAAAAAAAGAAAAUCUGAGGGCACUUUCUACGUAAAGCACCAUUUGUAGGCAAAAAAUGGAGUGUGGUUUUAUUACCUGCACUGUCAUUUGGGAAGAUAAAGAAAAGUGCAACUUUCUACAUGCAGAUGUGCCACUGGAUUAAACUAUUGAGACAAAAUCUUUUGCAAUAUAUGUUUCUCUACUAAUUUUUUUUCUUAUUUUAAAAAAAAUAACAAUCGGAGCUUAUUCUGAACCAAGUUUUGAAUUUAAGAGGUUAACCAAUAUAAAUACUGUAGGGCUUUGUUAAUCUGAAUGAAUUUAAUUUGGACCAUUGCUUAAAGAUUACAAAAAAUCGAAUGUUCGAAGUUCUGAUUAUCCUUCAUGUAUGCAAAUUUUAUUCGCUACAAUCCUGACUGUGGCUUUCAACUGUGUUAUAUUGUGAUGCAUUGACAUUUCGAUGUGCAGUAACAGUGCAUUUGAUUACUUUUCUCCAAUGCUAUAUCAUUAUGCAACUGAUAGCAAAUUGUGUUAAUCAGUGAUCAAAGUCUAUUAUAUUGCAAAUUUAAUUAAGGUGAUAAACAAAGGUGUAAAGACACAUGUGAGCCAUACUUUUCGUGAUAUGCUUUACUGCAAUUUAUGUGGAUUAUGAAUCUCACAUUUAUAUUAGUGCAUUUUUGACAUUAAAUAGUGCUCAGAUCUGUGUUAUGUACGUUGUUACUCAAACAUCACUCUUUAUAAUUUUUUAAUUUAUUCUCUGAUCCACUAUAGCAGCGGCUCCCAAUUGUUUUAGGCUGCGAAACCAUUCAUGAUCAACCUUCUUUUGAUGGAACCCAGAGAC